UCUUGUGUCUUUCGUUCGAAUAUGGUGGGGGAAAUGGAAACCAAGGAAAAGCCGAAGCCCACCCCCGACUAUCUCAUGCAACUCAUGAACGACAAGAAACUCAUGAGUAGUUUGCCCAACUUCUGUGGGAUUUUCAACCACCUAGAGAGACUUCUCGAUGAAGAGAUCGGGCGCGUGAGGAAGGACAUGUAUAACGACACUAUGAAUGGCAGUACGGAGCGGCGCUCGUCAGAGCUGCCGGAGGCCGUGGGGCCCAUCGCACAGCUGCAGGAGAAACUCUACGUGCCCGUCAAGGAGUACCCCGACUUUAACUUCGUGGGCCGUAUCCUGGGUCCCAGAGGCCUGACGGCCAAGCAGCUGGAGGCUGAGACGGGCUGCAAGAUCAUGGUGCGGGGCAAGGGUUCCAUGAGAGACAAGAAAAAGGAGGAGCAGAACCGUGGUAAGCCCAACUGGGAGCACCUGAAUGAGGACCUGCACGUGCUGAUCACGGUGGAGGACUCCCAGAACCGGGCCGAGAUCAAGCUGAAGAGAGCCGUGGAGGAGGUCAAGAAGCUGCUCGUACCAGCGGCCGAAGGUGAGGACAGCCUGAAGAAGAUGCAGCUGAUGGAGCUGGCCAUCUUGAAUGGCACCUACAGGGACGCCAACGUCAAGUCACUUUGGCUCCAUCAUAAGGACAACCUGGGGAUAAAAUGGCCGGCUUGUGGUCAAGACCUGUCUCAUUCAGCCCUGGCCUUCUCCCUGGCAGCCUCUGCCCAGGCUCCUCGCAUCAUCACGGGACCCUCCCCAGUGAUGCCCUCGGCCGCCCUCCGAGCACCCGCACCCACCGCCCCCACCCUCAUGCCCCUCAUCCGGCAGAUCCAGACCUCCGGCCUCAUGCCAGCGGGCACCCCGCACCCAGCCACCACCAUCGUGCCACAGUCGCCGGAGUCCACGGGCAUCAUCUACGCCCCGUACGACUACCCCUACGCCCUGGCGCCCACCUCCAUCCUCGAGUACCCCAUCGACUCCAGCGGGGUGCUAGGUACGUCCGUCUGCCUUGGUAUGGCCUUCCCCACCAAGGGCUAGUAACGCUAGCAACCGUCACCUAGCGCCGAGCUCAGCUCAGCUCGCCUCUGCCCAGAGUGUUAAUGCAUGUUUUGUUUCUACAGCUGCCUGGAAAAUGAACAAAAGAACGAACGAACAUACAAAAUGAAUAAACGAAUGAAUGAACGUAAAACAAAUACUUAUUAAGCAAACAAACGUGUGAAAGCGAAUACAGACGUAGCAUCAAGUCAGUCUGUUAGUCAGGCAGGCAGAGGGACAGACAGACGAAUAAAGCUAAUUACUACUGAUGUUUACACUGGCAGUAACCAUGGAGAUUACACUUAAUUCAUCUCUUUAUAUGUCUAAUGAUGACUCAUGGAUUAAAAACAAUGACAAAAAUGAAGCGAUAAUUUUUAAACUAUAUAUUUUUUGAUCUAAACUGAUGUAUUGACGCUCUCAUUAAGCUUUCUAUUUAGUCGGUAGAGCUGAAUGUGGACAGUUGAAAACACUGCAGACUGGGCUGGCGUGUGUGACUGUUUGGGGAUCUCAGAAACGGGGAUAAUUUUAUUUCAUUAAGUUUGUUAUAUACCAGGUAAUUGAAGAACGCCUCAGCACUUAUACUACUGAGAUUAUAUAUUGUGAUUGAAAUAUAUUGUGCUCGUUGGGAUUCUCCGAAAUUCCAUGAGGGAGGUGGGGGAAGUUGUGAUUGAUAGAGUACACUAUGGCAAUAUUCUUGACGAAACUUAAAAAAAAAACGUUAAAACUUAAAAUUGUAAUUUUACAGAGAUUUAUACAUAUUUGUAACUCUAAACUCCCAUUAAACAUCAGCCCUAUAAUGUGACAAACUGAUGCAAAAUCAGUGGAUGAAACUGGAUUGAGACUGGACAAAAACUAUGUAACUGGACAAGUGACUUAACUUUAUAUGGGCUUAAUGAUCCAGAAAUAAGACAACUAAAAUGUCAACUUAAGGGCUAUAUGACAGCCUGUGCAGGUGGAUGGCCUGGAUUUUGUGUUGUUGUUGACAAUUUCGUACCAGGGAACACUACUUUAUUAUGUGCCUAUUUAAUGAUACACACUUUUAACUCAUUCCUUGGUGUGUUGAGAUCCACAAACACACUCUCCAGACCUUUUCUGCGGUGUUAUAUUCCAAUCCCAGAGUCUUUAUUGAAAGUGUGAUUGUUUUCUCUUGUGCCUUACCUGUGCAUUGUUUUUUUUUUUGGUUUUACGUUUUCUCUUUUUUGCUUAUUAUUUUUCACAAGUUUUGCUUGAUGAUAUGAUAGAUCUACCAUAUGUUUUGUUUUAUUUUUUCGCCUUGUUUGUGAGUGAAUUGGGGGGGGAAACCCUGUAGUGUCGCCUUUUAUUCUCUGACCAAUACUGACCAUGUGUUUGUGCAUGUGUGUGUGUUAGUGUGUGUGUUGUUUAUUUGGUGUGUGUGUGUUUUUUUCUGAAAUGAUUUUUCUUCUGCCUAAUCUCAUUCCCUCUUGUUUUUCUUUGUCGUCGUUGUUGGGUAAUCCCGUUACCAUGCGAGCAGGCGCCAUGACUACUAAAGUUCGAAGGCACGAUAUGCGCGUCCACCCCUACCAAAGGGUUGUGACUGCCGAUCGAGGUUAGUUUAGCUCAAGUCUUCUCUUGUGUGGUUUAUGCCAUUUCAGUGUUGUUUGAAUUUGUGUGUUAGUGUUGGUUUUUCUUUGAAACAAAAAAAGAGACGGAAAGAGAGUGUGUAUGUGUGUGUAUUCUUUACAUGUGUUUUUUCCCCAGGUUUGUGUUUUUUUGGGGGAAACAUUAUUCACGUUACGUCUUAACUGUAGAUUGCCUCGUGUUGCUACACUUUGGAUUUGAGGUCUUAUUUAUAAGCUCGACAAGACCUCUGUAUCAUUUUGAACAGCAUUCUCAUGCAUUCCCGCCACACUUAAAUUGAAUUGGAUACACUCACAAAGCCAGCCAUAAUCUCCAUCAUAGACUUGGCACCAGGCCUGGAGUGGCGAGGCAGUGUAAAACAUUCUACCAGAGAUGGGCCAUAUCUGCCCAGCUGUUUUAUGGGGAACAUUCCAAUUACCACGUAAACAUCAUAUACAUUCCGAAUUUGCAGACUACAGCUUGUACUGGUGGUUGGUUGAGGGGAGACAUGACCCAAAUUGAAGUGAAGAAUGACUUUGACUUUUUUGUGGCGUCUUUGAGGUCUAUCUAUGCCAUUUAUUUUUGAGAUCUAAAACAGUUGCAUACUGUAGAUAUCCCUAGAUACACUAGACAGGACUGUCCUGUUUCGACUGCUUGCAUGUCAGGGCCAGUCAAAAUAAACAUGGGUACACAAUAAAAACAAACCAGAUGGUGAUCAAAGUGGCCACAAAAAUUGUCAUUUUAAUAGCCAUCUUUCAAGUCCCCCAUGGAUAAUAUGUGACCCCUAAUAGAUAGUUACAAAAAACUGACAAGACGCAUGUUGACCAGGCGCAUGUUGCCUCUAUGAUAUGGCCCUUGACAGCUAGUUAUCAGAGCAGUUAUUUUGAUGUGUGACAGCCUUGUGACUUGCAGGGAGUUGAGGAGGAGAGGAGGAGGAAGACAUACUUCACUGCAACAUGUAAAAACUCCCCCUCGCCUUCCCUCACCUCCUCCAGUUACCAUACCAACGGCCUUUGACCUUGUUAUCCUUAUAUUUCUUAUCUUAAAUGAACUUGUAGGGCUUACACAAAACAAUUAUUUACCCCCACACAUGAAGCUUCCCUCUCAAACACCCUACCAUGUUGACAGCCUCAACCAGUUUUUACAAGGUUUUUCACAUGCCCUGUCUCAUCUUUGGAGUGAUCACAUACUUUAUCUCUCCAUUUGGGUUGUGUCGUCACAAGACCAAGCCAGCCACCUUUACAAAUUGAAAAGGGAACAAAAAAGGAACAGUACAUUCUAUGGCUUUCAAAGACUGCAGAGUACCACUCCAGUCUAUCUCCCCAAUGUUCAAAUUAUCCACCUUUAACAGAAACACACACGUGUAUACAAACACACAAACAUGCUUCUUUUCCAUUGUAUAUGCAUUGUCUAAUGUUCUUUUCAACAUUUUUUAUUUAUACAUUGUCUUUGCAUUGUAUGAUUCAUUUGAUUAUUUUUUUGUUGUCAGAUUGGCUUGCAUUCAUGUUUUAUUCCGUUGUCCUUUUUUCAUUGACUGUUUUUUUUUUGUUUCAUUUUAUUGUUUUGCUUUUUAAACCGAUUAGUUCUUUUUUAUCAUUACCUUGUGGCAAAGACAGUCUUUAAAGAUCGCAGCACUUUUUUUCUUUUCGACAAGUCAUGUACAGCCUACUGCAUUCCUAACGUAACCGUUAAAACACAAGUCUAAGGGAUUCACAGUUCCAGCUUUGAGAGGGCUCUGUAACAGACGUUUAAGUAGUACUCAUUUUUGGAACACCGUCAACGUGCCAAAACUGUACAUAUAUAAAAUAAAAUAAAUGCUCAUUUAUAUAAAAAAGAGAGAGAGAGUUACAUUUGAAAAUCUACUGAUGGAUGACAGCAAAGCUUAUGUGACGUUAGUAUUAUAAGAUCUUAACACAAUCUUAACGAUGUAAUGGAGAAAACACAUUUAUAUAUAUUCUAUAUAAACUGACCCAAUUAAUGAGAAACAAUGGUUAAAAUUGCACAAACGGUGAAAUCGAUCUGGUUCAGCAAAACUGCCCUAGAGGUUUUGCUUUUUGUUUCAGUGUAAGUCGUCUGAAAUUUUUACUCCACUAGCAGUAGCCUGAGGCUUGUGUGAUACAGAUAGUCUGUGGGUUUCAGUAUAUUGUAAGCUUGGUUUACAGACAAAUAAGCAGCAAACAGCUCUUGAGAUCAACAUAGAGUUUGCUAUGCGUCUUGUUUUGCCCAAAUCCCAAGAUAGCACCAAAAUGCCAAAUUGGCUCCGUGAGAUGCCGUCUCGUUCCUUUGACACAAAACGUGGCUUGGGAAUGAUGCGUAGGACGCGUGUUAAAAUUGUAUUCAUGGAAACAAACAAAAAUGCCAAAAAGAACAUAAUAACCAGAUUAGUUAGGCUUGAAGUCACAGGCCCUAUCCACUCACAAAGACACGCUUCAAAGAUCUCGUUUACAUAUAAAAAGAAGAGAUGCUUCUGCAAUUCAGGUCGGGAAUUGGCCAUAAAAGCUUGGGCAGUUUUCACACCAGAUCCAUUUCACUCGAAUCAUGAAGGGUAUUAUAUUUAACAGGGACUGGCAUCCGUUGGCCUGACACGUUUCACCCCUCUUUGCCCUGACACAUACUUAUAUAACUUUUCACACUUUGUUGUUAAGUCACUCUGUACACUUCCUGGUUGCUCGGCUGGGAAUUGACCAAUCAGAAGGUUCCACAGUUCUUGUGACCAAUUAUAUCUAACGAAAUAAGCGGUGCUAUUGUACUCUACUCAGAUGCUAUCGGAUGCCAGGCCCUGUUGAAAGAGAAUUUUAAAAAGGUAACACUUGACUGGAGUACUUUCUCAUAAGAGUGACAAAAUCAUGCAAUAGAUUUCAUCAUUCCCUUAAGUCCUGUCCUAUUAUUGGUUCUGGUCACUGUUGAAUAACAGUUGGAUGCCAUUACAUUGCCAUUGUAAAAAUAUAGGUCAGGAUUGCUUUCUGAAUUUUCUGAAUGCCAUAGCAGAUUGUGGUCAAGAGAUUGACCACUGACAUGAUGUCAUCCAUUCUCCAUCACUGGGCAGUUAUAGAGCGCCUCAAGACAUGAGUUAUGAGCUAUGAUCUGCGUUGGGCUGUAUUUAGUGCAUGAUUAUGUCACUCUUAUGCUGAAAGGUUCUCGUGAAGUGCUGCCAAAAAAUUAUACGGCACAAAUAUGAACUUUGCACUGAGAAAAUGAGAAAUAGACAUUGCCAGCUCCAGUCUGUCUUCAGACAGACAGGGCACAUACGGAAGAGCUAAGAGUGAUCGAGGGAGAGAAAUGAAAAAUAUAUAUAUACAGAAACUCAGAGACCUCAUAGAAAGACAGACGAUGAGAGAGCUGCACGAAAAACAUGAGAGAGAGAGCGAAUAAAGUUUAGACAGAGAACUAUUCCACAAUUUUUAUUUUUUGUUGUUUUGUUGUCUAUUUCUGUUUAUUUGUUUGUUUGUUUGUUUUACUGUAAGCUUCCAUCAUUUCAUGUGGUUGAUGAUGCUAUUGUUGAUGUCAUGUGAUUUCAGAAAAAAAAGAAAAUAGUAUAUACCUGUGUGGUUCUUUUUAAAGAAAAAAAAGUUUAUGAAAAUUAUGUGCGUCACUAUAAAGACAAAAAGCAGUUAUGAUUCACCAGAUGUUUAUUGUAUUUGCAACUUUAAAGUAGCAACAAUAUGCUAGAGGGAUCUUCGUAGGCAAGAUAGACAUAUUCCUUUCGUAUUCCCAACAUUCUUAUGUCGUGCAAAGUAUUUCCUUUAUAUUAGGGGAGAUGCGGGCGGGUGAGUGGGUGGGGGGGAUUCCACUUUGCAGGGUGUUAUAUGAAAUGACUCAGUAUUGGUAUGAAGUUUUAUUUUCUAUCUUAUAUUCCCAGAUUUAUGUUGGUGAGUCUUGAAAGUAGUUUUCGCUUGUGUGAUAGCCUUUUUCCUUUUAGCCACAUCUCUGCAAGAAAAGAAGAUUUUUUUUGUUUUUGUCUUUUUUUAGCGCUGCCUUGUAUGAUUAGCAUCAUGUUUUCAUACUGUUUGUAAAUAGAACAAAAAUGAAAAGCAAUAAAGUUUCCAAGACUUGGAAAAAACAACUCCACGAAAGUAUAAGUUAAAGUUUGUUCAGCCGACAAAAAUAAUAGUUAAUAAUAAUAGCAUAUUAGCAUUGAUUCUGUAUUUCUUCCUCACCCUUAAAUCACCUUGGUAACAACAGCUCAUCCUCAUCAUCACUAGUUGCUUUUAUGCUUUGAGAUCCUGGGAUGGCACCCUAAUGCUUACUAGCAGUCAGAGGAUAAUUAUUACCGAAUCGGUUUAUUUUCUCCCACAAUCCUCCAUGUUUCCAUAUUGAUUUGGCUCGCUAUGAACAGCUGCUUUUGUGUCACUUUAGCUUUCCACCUUUCUUGUCUCCUUUUGUUUUUUUUAGUCGAUCUGUCAGAUGUCUGUUGACUGCUACUAACCAUUCGUAGUGCCAUUUCAAUCCAUUGGAACUCCAUAAUUGAUCUGAACCUUUUGCUUCUUUAACA